CUAAUCCUUCUGCAAGGAGACGUUUUGGAAAUUGUACAUCUGAAGACUCAAAAUUGCUCCACAUUUUGCCAGUACAAGGGGGAGUCAACAAGCAUAUGCAUUUUUCUCAUUUCACUACACGAUCAAAACAAGCUCCAGUUCAAGGCAUUUAACUAUUGUCCAAUACGACUAUAUGUUGGAAAUUUUUUAUUUUAUCACUAGUGUAGUUUUCAUAAUUCACAGUUUAGCUUUCUUGCUGAACUCGCAUCGGCGGUGUGUGGUAGAGUCAAAUUCUUAACCGAAAUGGCCAGUAGGUGGUCUCCUCUGGGCAAGCCCCAUUGGUAGUUCUACUAACGAGAUGAUCCAGUUAGAAGGGUGAUUGAUGGUAGAGUUCAUCUAAGUGACAAGUUUGAAAAGCUUUACUUCCUCACUUUUGAUAUAGGUCAGAGUGUGACAAGGAUGAUGAUUAUGUAAAAACAGCAUAUUUGAGGAUAUGUAUCAUGGAUUUCAAUUAUCUUUGGUGCAAACGUUUUUCAUAUGAGUUAAAAAGCAAACAUAAUUCUAAUGGACAUACUUGAACUUACCUUCUUGCAAGUGUUGGAGCUGCUGUUUGGAUAGAUACUUUAUGAUUGUUAUGUUAAAAGGAGAAUUAUUCCUAGUUAUCUUGAUUAAAUUGUGUGGAGAGUCAGGUGCAACAACAUGCUAGAGUUGAAAUAAAUCAUAGGUUUACACUGUUUAAAUUGAGGGCAUUUUGUCUUAGAAAGUGUCUUUGGUGGAUUUACAGGCUCCAACUUACAUAAGGUUCCUGCAUGCAGAUAAGCACACCAAAUUUAUUAAAGCUGCACCAUGAUUAUAAUUUUUUUCCUAUCAACUAAUUUGGGAUCGACAUCCAUUAUUGUUCUCUUCUAUUCUUCAUUGCUGUCCUUCAGAAAUUGUGCAUAAAUUUGCAUGUCAAAAAUUAUACUUGAUCUAUCCAAUCUGAUGCAAGUCAAAAUUGUUGCUUUAAGUCCAGAUGAAGUAUUCACGGACUUGGUUGAGACGGCUAUUACUCAUUGCUCAUUUGGUACUUGGGUAUAUGUAUUUUAGAAAUGGAAUGCCUUCUUGCCAGUGAAAAUUUCAAAGUCCUAUGUAAAUGAUCUCGCAUUCUCCAAAACUGGAUUUUGCAAAUCCUUCUCGUCUUUUACAAACAACCACGGUAAAAUUGCAGACUAAAUAUGUUCCUGAAGACAUACUUUCUUCCCUGGAGUUGGACAUGUCUAGUUCUUACUACAUGGUUGAGCUGUGCACAAGUAAGGAUUUUGGCUCUUGUUUGAGGGACGUAAAUGCCGCCAUACUGCUUUGCUUGAUCGAUGUAAAUGGUGAUGCAUUACUACAGAGGCUAUCUGCAGUUACGUUAGACCGCUCUAUGCAAGGGAAGGACAUGGAUUCCAAUGAAUCUGUUCACUUUCAAAGAGGUUCAGUUGAUAUUGUCACCUUCAAGGGCUCCAAGUUAGGAAAAAUUGAAGCAUUUUGGAUUGGUCUUGAAUCAGGUUCUUGGAGGCUUGAUGGUGUAAGCUUGACAGUGAUCAGUGGGCCAGUAUAUUUAUCUCCAUUUACUGAAAGUGGAGAUGAAAGUCAGUUUGAUUGUGUGCAAUAUAAAUUUGAAGCAAAUAAUCUACUUCUUGGAGAAGGGGGGAUAUCCAUUGUUGAGCUUAGGCCAUUCUGUAGUACCGAGUUAUCUAGGAUUUCUUUUACAACCUCACUAAAUAUGCAGUCGUUGUCACAAACCCUAUUGCUGAAUAAACAAACAACAAAGGAGGAUAGCAUGAGGGAGUAUGCAGAUCUUAAGUUCUCAUUGCUAGUUUAUGACCUCAUUCUUAUUUCAAGUGGUUCAUCGAUUUUAAAUUUCUCUUUCAAUGAGAAAGCUGCUUAUGCAUUCUUAGCUGGUGGAAUUGGUGGAUUCUUGUACCUUUUGCUGUUGCAAAGGUCGGUCGAUGGAUUGUCUGCACCAGGAAAUCAGUCUGAGAAUGGUGAGAACUUCUUGCAGGCCUCUGGAGGUUUUAAGAGGCAAUGGUUAACUUUGGCAUUGGUCAUCGCCCUUGGUUCCACUGUAUUGAAGUAUCGGAUAGGAGGAACAACCAUAGCAUUGUCACCAACUGAGCUCUUCAUUGGGGUUGCAGGCUUUCUUACAAGUAAGAUAGCUGUGGUUCUGGCAGCAUUUAGACCUUUUGAAAGGAAUUCAAAGAACAAGUAACAGACAAAUGGGAGCUGGUCGAUUUGCAACUCUAUUCAGCAUUACAGGCCCCACAUCUACACCAAGAUUGAUACCAAGUACAAAGUAUAUGACUAAUUAAACCCAGUUGGAGUGGGUUUUAUUGUUUAGGAAGAUCCGCACAUGCAGAUGACGACACAUCAUGGAGAGGAAGGCUUGUGCGAUGAUGAAGGUGAGGAGCUUACUACAAAAGCAUAGCCUGCAGUUCUCUUUGCGAGGCCGAAGGUCAAAAUCUCACCUUUUGUAGGAGCAGGAUAUGUUAUCUUCGAUCAGAUAAUAUGGUUCUUCUUUGAUGCUAUACCCUUACUGUUUCUUCUCCCUUAAAAGAGCUGAAAGCCUUCAGAGACGAUCUAUCUUUCAUCUGCAUCAAUUCUGAUUCCAAACAAUUUAUACAGCUCCUAUACAAUUCUAGCUUUUUCCCCCCCAAAAAAAGGAUGCCGUUUAUGUGGUACUACAUUUGAAUUUAUUGAGCACUGUUUCUUA